AUGGCUUCUGACGACGAAGGAUCGGUCAGGAGCGAAGAAGAUGACGAUUUUAAUGAAGACUUUGAAGCUUUGAGAAGAGCUUGCCUUCUUACUGGAACCACCCCUAGUGACCUCCAAAUACAGUCUGUCUCCACCUCUGCAGCCGCCGCCAAUGCCUGGGAUGCGACUUCCAACACCCGCUUCAACUCGGAUGACGACGAUGAUCAUGAUGGUUAUGAGGACCUCCUGUUGGUUCGUGAUAUCCAGAGAAGAUUCGCCAUUGUGACUGAUAACAGGGAGCCGUUAACGCUUGAGCCUCUCAGCUCGAUGCUUCCGGGUUCUAAUGGCGGUGUAGAUCAUAGUUACAAUAUCGUAAACUAUGGAUCUUGUAAUAACGUUGCUGCUGGGGCUGAGGAUGGUUUGUUGCAAGAUUCUAGUUUUGGUGAUGCAACAAAGUUGCCCGUUAAAGUUCAAAGCUUAAUUCCAAGAAGCCGUCCCCAAUGUUGUAUGGCCCUGCUGAAUCAGGUCUCUAAGUUCAAAGAGACAGUGGAAAGAUCCCCUGCCUUUAUAGGUCGAGCCAGGUGGUCAAAGGAAGAAAGUGAGAAGCUCACACAUGGUUCGAGACAACAAUUUCAAGAGAUGCUGCUUCAGAGAUCACUUGAUUUACUCAGUGAAGGCGAAGGAGGGGGCAAAGGUUCUGGUGUAUUUGAUGGCAUUCUUGUAUCUAUUGGUGAAGUUGAUUUUACCCCAGAGAAAAUGAGACUGUUCUUUCCAAAGGCUCGCUAUCAGAGAAGUCUUAAUGCUUCAAUAAUUAAAAGGGAAUGGACUGAGGAAGAGGACAAUCAACUUCGAGCUGCUGUGGAAGCUUUUGGGGAAGGUAAUUGGCAGUUUGUUGCUUCAGCUAUUGAAGGACGGACUGGUACUCAAUGCUCAAAUCGAAGGAUGAAGACACUGCAUCCUACUAGGCAAAGGGUCGGUAGAUGGACUAAAGAUGAAGACAAGCAUUUGAAAGUUGCUGUGAUGCUUUUUGGCCCUAAAAAUUGGAGGAAAAUAGGCCUGCCCGACCCUACGGACCAAGAGAUGGAGGAGUUGGUCGAAGAGAAAGAGGCGAGAAGGACCUUGGAUCUCCUCGAGAUCAGAAGAGGUGAACGCCCAGUCCCAAACGAAGGAGAAGAAAGGGCUCGUAAAGAAAUCCCCUAUCGUGAAGCUUCUCGCGCCGAACUUUUCGACGCCCUUGGUGAUACUUUCUGGGAAGCGCUCGAGAAGACAAACCCAGUGGUUUAUCAGGCGAUUCAGCAAUUUGCACAGGAACACCUGCAAAAGAAACAAUCGCGCAGGCAGGAUCGACAAAGAUCACCCAGCUUCGAGGAACUGUCUAAAAGGGAUUGGGAACCUUCAAGAGGCAAUGUCCAAUCUCGACUCGGACCAAAAGCUCCUCCAGAAAAGUCCCGUCAUGACUAUCAUCGAGGAGGAGAUCCUCCACCUUGA